UGGCGUGGCCGUCACAUCACAUGCGUAUCAGAACCCAUCACGUGCUUCCUUUUCCCUUUCAUUUGAAAAACAAAAAACAUUUCCCGCUGCUUCCUUUUCCCGCCACAACAUUCUCCCCCUCCCCCCCCGGCCGAAACCAAAUUCCUAAACACCACUCCAACACCUACCGCGCACAUUAGACAACUACUGUCUCUACAAUCAAAAAUCCACCGCCGGUGAAAGUCAGAACAACUUUCCGACACAUAUAAAUUCGCCGGAGAAUUACAACGACUCUUCGCAAGUCUCACACACGGCGCAGGUUAGCACUCCUCCGCAUCGAAACAGCUAUGGCGGAACCUAUAGACUAUUCUAGAACCCGAAGAAUUGUGCUCCUCACAGAUCUACAUCCACUACUCAAUCUUCAAAACUCUACUUACUACCUCAACUCCAUUCUCGCUACCUCAACGCGCUUCCUCAAUUUCCCAUCUUUGUGCAAUUCACUUUUCUCUUUCAAUUUUUUCUUCUCUUCGCUUUCCCCUCUCCGUUCCUCGUCCUCCAUAAACCGCCUCUUCCCUAACCUCUCCCAUGCUUUUAACCGCCCAUCUCAAGCCCUAGAAUUGGUUAGCGAAGUCCUGAGAUCGUUACAUCUGCCAAUUGAUUUGGAGGUGGAUUGUUCUAGGGCUUGUCAUACUGCUAGUUCUCUGCUUCAGCUAGUAGAUGACUGUGCUUGGGAGUUUGAAAUAGAGAGUCCUCCAGGUAAGGUAAAAGGCGAGUUUCCAAAGGUAUCUCGGAAUUUGGUUGUUUUGAUUUCAAGUAUUUCUAGAUCGUUGAGUGAUCUAGCUGAGUAUAUAAAUGUGGAUGUGAAUUCUGAAAUAUUUAAGGAUUUUGAAGGUUUUAUGGUCAAAUUUAGUGAGUUUUUUGGUCCUGUGAGGAGGACUUUUGAUAAUAGAGGUAUUCAUUUUAGUUGGAUCGACGUGAAAGGUGAAAGAAAGGAGGGGGAAAAGGUUGAAUUUUUUGAUGAAGGUGAGUGGUUGUACAUGUUGGAGAAUGGAAUUAGGGAUUUUGGUUGGGGGAUUAGUUCAACUGAUUCGAUUGUUUUGGGUUCUGCUUUGGUUCCGUUUGGCUUGAUAUAUCCUGAAAUUGGUGUGUUGUUUGAUUUUCUGAAAAGUGUUGGUUCAUUUGACAGAAGUUCUGCGCAACUGCAUCUUGAGAUCCGUGAUGUCAAUGGAAAUCCUUUGGAAUAUACGCUUUGUGAUCUUGAAUUGCUCAACCCCGCAGCAUUGCCUAAGCUUAAAUCUCAAGAUAUUCUGAAUACACUCGGACUUGGAGACGAGCGAAAUGAAGGGUGUGAUCAAGAAGAAACAUUUUGGUCUUUUCUUGGUGAAGGCUCGGUAACUAUGCAUCUCAAGGCUGUAAAGAAGUGUGAAGUAGGAGAAAAGAUUGAAGGAUGCUCAUCUAGUUAUGUUCUAGUGCAGGAGUCUGGCAGAUGCAAAACUAAACAUUGUAAUGAUACUUCUGUUGAUGGAGUCCUUGAUGUACUAUCUGGAGUACAGGGUAAGCAUGCCCGAGGAAAUUCUGCAGUCUUGUGGAAAAUUCUUCUCAGUUUCUUAUAUAAAGAAAGCUAUUGGGCUUCAGUUACUGUAUCAAAUAGCAAUGGAAAUACAAUCACGGGUGUUCUCAGGCCUUUGACAGCGCAAUUGGCGCUUCUUUCAAGAAUAGAAGGUGGGCAUAAUUACGGAUCAACUUUAAAGAAGAUGAAUAACGUGAUCUGUGGCAGCUCUAAAAAAAUCAAUGACUCACUAGGGAAUAGGAAAAGAAAAAAGAAGUGUUUAAUUGGGAAUACGACUUGGAGUUCUUUUCUCAAGGCAGCAUUUGAGUGUAAUGAUUUUGAGUUGGUAGAUGUUUGUUUUGCCAAAAGAAUUGAGAAAUCAAAGAAGCUGAAGUUCUUGAAGUGCUGGAUGGAACAAAUCAAGAAGUCCAGCACCUGCUUGCUAACAGCUCCAGAUUCAUAUAAAAGACAACCGCAACAGCCAUUCUCCACACAGUUUCCCUCCGAUUCAGCCCUCAUGCUGGAGGGAGAUGCACACGUGUUAUACUCAGAAACUACAGAAGACUUUUUCAAUAAUCUACCAAAGAAAAUCCAGCAUGGUCUACAAUCUGGAAGAGACUUGCACACGUUAGCAGAACGACUAGUGAAGUCAUCAAUACAUGCAUUGUCCAAAAAGUUUGAGAUAGAUUACAAUAUAGGAGGUGAAUCUCAAAUUCCAAAAACAAAUGAUUCAUGUUGCAAGACUAUCCUUCCUGAACUUAUGAAGAGCCUGCUAAGAAAGCCCAAAGAAAUGAAAGAGAGGCUGAAGCACUAUGAUCCCCACUCUGAAAUAUCCGAUUUCAGUUCAACCUCAGAAAAUGUUGUCCCAGAAUUUGAAUUGCAGAUAUUGCUUCGGAUGGAAAUCCUUGGAUCAGCCUUUUCUGAGAGUAUUAAGGAAUCCUCCAAGCAGAAGCUGGUUAAAGAGAUCUGCUCCUUUCUAGAGAUCAUUCAAUAUCUUGUUGAAGGAGGGAUUCAUGGUGACCUUAGCCUAUAUGCUUACGUUGAACGCACUAUUCGAUUAAGGUAUCAGAACAUUAUCGAAGAUGUUGUCAAUAGAAUUUACGCAGAAAUGGAUUUACUUCCAUUUGGUGAUGAAGAUGAAAAGCAGGCUCUUCUGUUCAAUAGUGAGGACAGUAAUCAGUCCUGGAGGGAGAAACAAGAGAGGGAUGAAACGGCUGAAGCCAACAAUAUGCGACUGUCAGUCUCAGCAGAGGAUAAGUUUUUCCAACCACCAGAAAACAUUGAUGGGAGCUCCCAAGCUAUCAGCGUAGAGGAUCAUGCCCGCAAGUUAAGUGAAGCUCGUGAUCGGAGAGAGAAGGCCCGACAAAAAAGAUCUUUCACAAGGAUGCUAGAUCUGCAAAGAGUUUGGGCCCCAAAGCAGCUUAAGGCUCUAAAAAUAAAGUGUGAAGAUCAGAAGGAACUGAAAAGAAAAGAGAGGAAAAAAACUAGCCAUAGUGUAGUAUGUGAAACACCAAUGAAUGGAAAGAAUUGGUCAUCCUCUCAGAAUGAUGAUAGUGAUGAUGCAAAGCCAAAACAGAGUUCUUCUGUUUCCAAGGCUCUCUUUCAGGAUUGGUGAGGACAAGUUGUACCAGUAUUGUAGCUUAAUCAGAGUAAAAAGCAAAGCAUGCUAUUUUACUUGAAUUAUUUUUUAGAUAUAGAAAAUGUUUUCCACACUGACAGGUAAAUGAUAAUAACAGAAAUUGGUUGUCA